UGCAAUCCAGUGACAAAAACCUGCAAGUUGAAGUAUCGCGUUUACUGCCUAUAAAUAGCGCUGGUAAUCUGCCACAAAUCCAACACAUACGCAUAUCUGCAUCCCCUGUUCUUCUCUCCUGUGACUUGCUUGAUCCACAUCAAAUCCAACGACAACACCAACAGACCAAAUAAUGGCUGCUGCUUCCGGCCGCCGCCGUGCCGCGGCCUUCGCCGUCGUGAUCUGCGCCGCCCUGCUGCUGCUGUCCUCCGCCGUGGAGCGGGCGGCGGCGCAGGUGCCCUGCAGCCAGUGCGACCAGGCGUGCAAGGAAUCGUGCAAGGGCUACGGGCGCGACUCGUCGUCGUGCAGCGCCCCCUGCGGCGACCCCUCCAACAAGGACGGAUGCGAGAGCUGCCUGGAGGCGUACUACUCCAAAUGCGUCAACUACUGUGGCCCGUCCUGCCAUGUCACCUGCACCAGCGGCUGAAAAGCCCAGCCGGCCGUCGUCUUGGGCCUUGUUUGGAUACUCCGUAAUAAUAAUUAGCCCUCCCAAAUUUUACUAUUUAAGAGUAUUAAAUAUAAAUUACUGAUAAAACUCAUUUCAUAAUCUCUGGACUAAUUUUAUAUUCGUCUUGCAAAUUAGCUUGGUGGUUAUAAAAUAAGUUUUAUCAGUAAUUUAUAUUUAAUACUUCUAAAUAGCAAGAUUUUAGAGGGCUAAUUAUUAGCCCGGAGGAUCCUAAGGCCUUGAUGUGUGUCAUGAGGAUGCACCGUGCAUGUACACGUACUGUUAGUAUUGUAUACUAGCAAUAGUUAGUACUGCUAUUUCGAAUAAGCUAGCUGGCGUGGAUGUACAGUAUAUGGCUAUAUGCCGACCGGCUCUGUAUUUCAUAUAUUGUGGUCAAUGCUUCCUUUCGUUGUUACCAAGGUCUUCUAAGACAGUGGUAUGGUCACGAAGAGAGGUACUCUGUCUGGUUUUAUUUUAAUUAACGUUUCGGAUAA